AUGUAUAAUCUUAAUAAUCUUAUUAUUACUUAGAUCUAUUAAUCAUUAAUCUGUCACGAUGGUCAAUGAUUCUAUCUUAAAUAUUAUUUUGUGUAUAUAUCAGUAAUCACAUAUUCGAUUAAAUAUCAAUUUUAUUCAAUUUUUUAGUUUAAUCAAUUAUCCAUUUAUUGGUUUAAAGAAUUAUAUUAAUUCAGAGAUGUGAAUAGUCUACGAUGGAUGACGACACAAUUGAUAAAUUUACCAGUCAAUCUGUGUAUGAUCAUGAUGGAAGUGAAAAGACACCACUUUAUAACAAAAACAACAAUGAAAAAGCUCUUCUUAAAUUAAUUGUAGCGUUUUGUAUGGUAUUUUGUGUUGGAUUAUUAUUUAUUUUAUUAAUUCACAUUCAUUAUGGAUCAAAUCAGUUAGUACCUCAUGGAAAUGUAGCAAGUGAUAAUGAUCAAUGCUCUCAAUAUGGAAUUGAUGUACUCAAAAUGGGUGGUAAUGCAGUUGAUGCAGCAAUUACUACUGCGUUAUGUAACUCUGUAACACUACUUCAUCUUUCAGGAUUAGGAGGAAAUGGUGUUAUGGUGGUAUACGAUCAUCGGACUGGAAUAGGAAAUACAAUUGAUUUUAGAGCUACACAUAGUUCAAAUAAUAUUAUCGGAGUACCAGGUUUUAUAGCAGGAUUGUUUUAUGCUAAUGUAAAAUAUGGAAUUCUUCCUUGGAAGACGCUAGUUGAACCUUCCAUAAACCUAGCAAAGACGGGUAUAACUGUUACAGAAAGUUUACUUGAGGCAAUUAAUCAGAAUACCUCUAAAUUAGUUGAAGAUGAAAACCUUAAACAUUGGUUAUCCAUAGUAUCAAAUAGUUCACUUGGUCAAAUAGUUAAAGCACCAAAUGGUCUUAUAAAAACUCUUACUUUAAUAUCUUUACAUGGACCUAUUGAAUUUUAUAAAGAAAUGUCUAAAGAAUUGGAGUUAAUUUUAAAGCCAGAUGAUGUAAUUAGCUACCAACCUCUUAUUUUACCAGUAUUAAAACAAAAAUUUAUGAAUUAUUGCAUCAUAACUUCAAAUAAAGGUACUGGAGGACCAAUUUUACAGAAAGUAUUAAGUAAAAUUAAUAAUACUAAUACAUAUAUUGAAGAUUUAUCAUUAUUAAAUAGUUUUAAAGAUUUAGGAGAUAAUUGGGAUCAAAAUUACGGAUUACAAGUUUCAACUACAGAUGUUUUUGAUCUUUAUGUAACUAUUAUUAGCGGUCUUGGUUCUGUCUUUGGAUCCCGCGUUUUAACUAAUUCUGGUUAUAUACUGAACAAUGCUUUGAAUUUAAAUCUCAAAGAUAAUAUGCUAAAUCAAACAGAACGAGUUAAAUCAUUACAUUUGCCUAUUAUUGCUGUAGAAACAGGAAAUGUAUGCGGAAGAAGAUUAAUCUCAGGUGCUGCUGAUGUACGUGAUGGUACUCAAUUACUUUUAUCAAUGUUAAAAACAGACCCACAAGACAUAUUAAAUGUUAAUACUAUUCCUCGUUUUCGUUUAAAAAAUAAUGAUGUUGGAAUUGAAUAUCCAAAUAAUAUAACUAAACAAUUUUCAAAGUUAUUGUUAAAUUCUGGAUUUAAUUUAUCUAAAGCAACUUUGCCAUAUCCUACUUCUAAUAUAAUACAAAAAGAGGAAGAUAGAUCUAUUGCCUUCUCGGAUUCUCGUGGAUCUGGUAAAUCUUAUACUUUAUAGUAUAUAAAAAUUAAUUUCCUAAGUAAAUGUUACAACAUUA